AUGGCUUCCACACAACCGGCUGGGUCUUCUGCACCUUCGUCUAAUUUGAACUCUCCGAUCUUGCCUCCUGGAGGAACACCAUUUUUCGCCGGUUCCUUACCUGAUUCUAAUGCGAGAUCUUCUCCUAUACCUGCUAGCAAUGCCCCUGCACAAGCCGAUGGAUUGAAGUCAAAGCGUACCAAACGUGACAGCCGCAAAAAGCGUGAGGCCAAGGGCCUGGAUCAGGAAAGCAUGCCACCGAAGAAGCGAGCAGUUGCUGUCCAAAACACUGCACUUCCCAGCUCAGAACUCAGCAUACUAAGGCCUCUCUUGCUGGCAGAGCCUCGCUCAUCCGAUCUGUUACCUCCACAACCCCGGCAGCUGAAUUUUGUCAACCGAAAAACAUCAGACGUUAUCGGUCAAAGCUGGGACUUCUUUGAGAUCGUCGAUAAGCUCACCAACAAGAAUGGAUUUCGUUAUAGCUACGCCAUAGCCGACCCCAGCUUUCCGCAUAUCAAAUACCGCCAGACUGAUGUUCAGCCUUACCAUGCCCGCUUCAGCUUCGAAGACUCUCCAGCUGCCAUACUUUUCAGUAAAGACGCUCUCGCAGUUACUUCUAACGAACCUUGGCAUACUGCACGCGCCAAUGUCUGCGCGCGCGAGGGAUCUUAUUACUACGAAGCGCGCAUCGUCAGUGGUGUUAUGAAUAAUUCAUCGGCUCCAUCUUCAAAUAGCAAUGGAAAUUUACCGUCCAGGGGACAUGUACGUCUCGGUUUCGCACGAAGGGAGGCAGACCUCGAUGCCAACGUAGGCGUCGACUGUUAUGGAUACGGUAUUCGUGAUGUGAAUGGCGAGGUUGUCAAUCGGAUGCGGUGCGAGUACUUCUUUCCAAAAGGCGAAUCCAUUCGUGAGGGAGAUGUUAUCGGCCUACUGAUCACCCUCCCGCCACUCUCUCUUCACAAAAAAGUUGUAGAGGGAACUUAUGAGUCAGGUGCGGAUGGCGAGGUUUCAACACCGAGCUCAGAAGCCCCGUCAGUCACGAAUAUAGUCCGUGACCGCAUUCCUUUCCACUACAAAUCAGACUUUUGUUGGCAACAAUCGAACGUGUUUCCAACAAAACAGCUACGCGAUUACGCAUUUAAUCUCAAAGAAACACCUACGUUUGGGCCUCCAUCUCCGUUCAAUGCUGAGGAUGCAUCCUUGCGAACUCUACCCGGUUCAAGCAUCACAAUAUACAAGAACGGUGUAAAGAUGGGCACUCCAUUCGAAGAACUGUAUGCUUUCUUACCACCGGCCAGCCGACUUGCCAAUGGCACGAAUAACUUGGGCAUCGGUGAGCGCGAGAACGCAGAUGAUGGAAUGAUCGGUUAUUACCCCGCUGUCAGCUGCUACGGCGGAGGCGCGGUUGAAUGCCGCUUCGACGGGCCAUGGUGGGUGGGCCCGCCAUCUCAUACAGACAACGGAGAGCCAAUUCGGGGAAUUGGCGAACGAUUCAAUGAGCAAAUAGUUGAGGACAUAGUUGCAGAUAUCGUGGACGAGGUUGAGGCGAUGUGCGUCUGGGGUGGAGUAGACGGCAACGUUGUCAAUAACGCAGAGCUCGACGGCUCUGGAACUGGGGCAGUUGGUGGCUCCGAGGUGUUGAAAGGUGGUGUCAGUGCGGCUUAUGAGUCCGCUAUUCCUCCGGUUGCCGACGGUCAAACCGAGGCUGCUGCUAAUCCCGCUGGCAAUGGCAACGAAGCCGGGAGUGUCAUGGACCUAGAUUCAGGCCAGACCACGCUUGAAGACACCACGAGCGCCGAUGCCCCGGUCCCAGAGGCACCUCAGACUACAAUACCCGACGCGUCAACUGGUGAUGGAGAUGUUGAGAUGUCUUGAACGCCAUACCGUCAACGCCUCGGCCACUGGUUACGUGAUUACGUCUAGCAUCCCUAACCCAAUCUAUUACACCGGCCAUGCCUUAGGGAGGUCGGUGUUGGAAUGAUCGACCCGUUAACCAGGGCACGUUACGGGGCUGAUAGAAUGAUAUCAC